GCCGAAUUAACCUCUUUUCCUCCGUAUGCCCAUAGCUGUGUGUUUCCUCUGAGUUGUGCUUAGAAAGCUGGUCAGCCAGGCUUUUAGCUGCGCUGCAGCCGUUGUCGAAGCAGUAGUGAGUGUGGCCGGCCUCUGCAGGUCACCAGGCGGGUUAGAUUUCAGUCUGUGUUCGGUCAGCGGGAAAGCUUUUCCUAGGAGGUAGCCAGAACCUUGAAGCGCGAGAGGCAGCUUCUGGCACCCAAGCGGUCUCACUCGUCUUUGCCUCCUUUACCCCGUGAUCACCAUUCCAGAUUGAAAUCAUGGCAGGUCCAGAAACUGAUCCUGAGUUCCAAUUCACUGGUUUUAAAAAAUAUUUCAACUCUUAUACUCUCACAGGUAGAAUGAAUUGUGUACUGGCCACAUACGGGAGCAUUGCUUUGAUUGUCCUGUACUUCAAGUUAAGGUCUAAAAAAACUCCCGCUGUGAAAGCAACAUAAAUGGACUUAAAACUGUCAGAACUUCAACUGCUAAGUUCUCAUGCCUGGAGAAGAUAAUAUCAACUCUUCAUGUGAUAGUCAAUUCGUACAAUAAAUUAUGAACCUGGAAAA